AAGCAGUGUCAGAGGAAACUCUGAUAAAUUACGUUGAUUUUGUUAGCGAUGAGUUCUUCUGUCGGAGUAUAAUGGAAGUAGUGGAUAUUCAGACAAAGCUGAAAAAUAAUGAUAAAAAAACCACCUAUCUGUAUAAAUAUUCAUAUGAGAGCGACACUUGUCCCGUGAGAAAAAUAUUUGAUAUUCGGAUCCCAGGUGCGUCUCAUUCUGAGGAACUGGCAUACUUGUUUUAUCCUAAAAUGAUAACAAAUUUCGGCAUGUCAGCACCUGCAGUUGAUUCGGAAGACUAUAAAAUGAUGAAUUGCCUAACGCAAAUGUGGACGGAUUUUGCUAAAACAGG